AUGCUCGAUUACGUGAAGAAGUAUAUCUACUUCGAACUGCUGUUAAUUUUGCGGGCGGUGAACUACUACAUUCCGUUAGACAGGCGGUUGAAUAUCGCAGUGAUAUUUUACCUGACCCUUUUGGGGCUCAUUUAUUUGGCCUUUAAGUUUAGGUACCGUGGGGGUAACGGGUCGGGCGACGUCAGUUGGGCCUUCGCCGGGAAACACGUAUGUAUAGUGGGUGGGUCCGAAGGCCUGGGCCUCUCGCUGGCCAAGCGAAUCAUUCGGGAAAAGCCACAUACCCUAACCAUCAUGUCGAGGAACCCCACGAAGCUGCGCACAGCAAAGGAAGUUUUAAUGCAAGAAGUUAGCAUACAAGAGAAGUCUUACAAGGAUCUCCUCCAAAUAAACAUAGUCAAAUGCGACAUCGGCAUGAAGGAAUCCAUCAAUGAGGCCUUCCAAAAUGUCCAAACCAAUAGCGGUAUAGAUAAAGUGAAGGACCAAGGGGGAGACAAAUCGAUGGGGAGUAGCCAAAGGAGGAAUAACCCCCCAAACUCUGAGCAGACAAAAGAUCAAACGCUAAACGAUGUGGAUGUCCUCAUCUGCAACGCUGCCUAUGUGUGUACAGAAGAAAAUAGUAAGCUUCAAAUGUACGAUUUGCUAUACACAGUAAACACAAAUAUUCAUGGCAACAUUGAUAUCAUCUCGAGAGUGAUUACCAACAUGAAAAAGAAAAGAGAAGGAUUGAUUUUGUUUGUUAAUUCGGAAGGAGCGCUUUAUCCUGUUUAUGGUUAUUCCUAUUAUUUAAUGAGCAAGACUUGUAUGUGGACAUACACCUACAUUUUGGACCAGGAGUUAAAAUACUACAAUAUUCAUUUUGCAAAUGCCUUUCUUCCAUCCAUUGAAACGCCUGGCUAUGCACAGGAGAAUUUAAAAAAACCCUUUGUCACAAAACGGAUUGAAGACUUAACCACCACGGUGGAUUCAGAUUAUGCGGCUGAUAAAGUAGUUCGCAAAAUUAAGGAGGGGAGGAAAUUCCUAACGCUGGAUCUUAACGGCUUCAUGUUGUCUGUUUUGCACAGUGGGUACAGGAAUCCGGAGUCCUACUUUGAUUACUUAGUUUGCGUCUCCUUCUGUGGCGUCUUCGUCUUUGUGUCUUCCCUCUACAAGCUCUACAUGGAGCACAUUAUCCGGAGGAACGUCUUCCACUCAGUGGAGGCGGUACCCUCUGGGGGGUACCCUACCCGGGUCUUUCCCCCCUCAAUUUGA